AUGGCUGGCUUAUUGUGGGUGGGAAUGCGUUGGGCGAUGGCGGAAGGAGGAGGAGGAGGGGUGGGUCUGGUGUUGAGGAGAAGAUCAGAACAAUAUCAGGACGAGAUCCAGGAGCUCAGGGGACAACUCAAGGUCAUGGAGGAAGCAGAGUGCUCCGAGGAGGAGUUGAUAGAGACUGGUCCGGAGCAGCGUAGCACGGACCCCGAACGAGACAGGGAGCUGCUCGAGGGGUGUGGGUUGCACGACAGGUCUUUGCAGGAUGAGCAUAUCUCGGGGCUGUCAGCGAUGGGAGCGACUGGCAGCCGGAGGCUGCAGGUAGUGAGGUGUAGGUAUUGCAUGAAGGCGGGGGACGUCAAUGUGAUGAAGAGGUGCGGGAAGCACCACAAGGAAGGCUGUCUAAGGUACGUCACUUGCCCGCAAGACCUGGUCAACAAGGUUGCAAGGCUCAAAGGAGAACUGUCUGCCGCCAUCUCUCGAGCAGAGGCCUCCGCCAGGGAUGACUGUGUCGUGGUUGCGAGGAGGCAUGCAGAAGGGCCCGCAUGCAGAUGCGGAGAGAUUGACAACGGGGAUGUGCUUGUCGCUGUGGACAACCAUGUCAUAGGGACUGACGUGCAUAAGGCCUCCAGGCUGAUCCUCGGCUCCACGGGCACCGUGUGCAGGCUCAAGAUAAGGAAGGAGAGCGGCGUGCAGAAAGAAGUUCACCUGACUCGGGUUGUCAUCUGGGGUCAUUCAGCUCCGGCGGGCUUGUUCGCUCCGGAGAAGAACUACAUCGCGAUCCCAUCUGGCGUCUUGUGCUGA